UGGGGCCCCCCGGGCAAUAGGGGAUCAUGGGGCCCCUGUGUCCUCGCCAACACUCAAACCACACCCAAAAAAGCCCAUGAAAGGUACCAGGGGCAUCUCAUGGGGCCUCCUACUGACCCCGGGCCCUCGGGCAGUGCUCGAGUUUCCAAAUGGUCAGUCCGCCCCUGGAUGGCAGUGAAAGUUAUUUUUCUUAUAAAGCCCCACAAUCAUAACACUGCAUACCUAUGUGUACCGUGGCUCUAUCUUUCUUUAGCCAGUGCAUACUGUCAUUAAUUAUGUGACUAAUUUUCAUUU